GAGAGGAGACCCUGGGGUGGGCUGCUGCAAGCGGCGGGCAACACCGAGCCAUGGAGGGCGAUGUGCGUGUUCGUGCGGUGGUGAUGACACGUGAUGACUCCAGUGGCGGUUGGGUGCCCCUUGGAGGUGGUGGCCUCAGUCAUGUGGUCAUAUGUAAGGGGCGGAGUCAUGAUGGCAGGGGACGGAGGGAAUACAUCAUACGUGGAGAACGACUGCGAGAUCGAGCACCGGUGCUGGAGUGUGCGGUGCAAAAAGGGUUAGUGUACAACAAGGUGAACCCCAUCUUCCAUCACUGGCGAGUAGAAGAUCGAAAGUUUGGCCUUACAUUCCAGAGCCCUGCGGACGCCAUCUCCUUUGAGAAAGGGCUUCAGACAGUCAUAGACAAGCUGGACAGAGGCUCUGACUCACCCUCGUCCUCCACACCAGAAGAGGCCGACACCGAGGACGAUGGACAAGCUUCUCAUACAGGAAGUGAGUCGUCAUCCAACAGCAGAAAGGAGAUGCUUCCCAAACCCAUCACCAUAGUGACAAGCGAGUCAUCGUCUACUUGCUUCGUGCGGUCGGAAGAGUUUAGUUUUGGAUCCAGCCAUGCUGUAACCACUCAGACACCUGCCCAGAUCCACACCAGGUCUGGCCAGCAUCAGCUCUCACAAAUGACGGCUGUGUUGAAUCCCCCGGCGCCCCCACCCCCACCUCCUGCUCCUCCUACUCCUCCUGUAGGUCCCCCAGCCUCAUCUCCCCUGUCCCCUCUCUCACCCACUAUUUCGCUGCUGGAGGAGGGAGACCUGCACAGUGUGGACCCUUGCAAAGACCUGUGGGGCUCUCGAGGUUAUGAGGACUACAGACGGGCAGGGGCCACAAGGACUAUGGUUGGAGGGCUGACAGGUGGUGUGGUUGUUGGUGGUGGAGGGAGCCUGCAGGACAAGUCAGAGCUGUGUGUGGUUCGCUUUGAGAAGGAGCUGGCGGGAGUGGGUUCGGCAGGCUGUGAUGUGACUGUGAGCCUGGACAGUAAAGCCUCCCAGCGUUUGUCCUCAUCGUCACCCAUCUGUAUGUCCAUGCCCAAUGCUGUAUCCGGUGUGUCCUCAGGUGCCGGCUCACCCCAAGAGACGGGUAAAGGCUCGCCUUCCCCCUGCUGCAUCCACACCUCGCUGGCCACUCCCCGAUCGAGGACUCGUAAGAGAGGAGGAGGAGCAGCCAGCAGCAGCGGUGACCCGGGGGUGAUCUCUCCCGAUGAUGACAGCCCGUGCCCUCAGGCUUCAUCGUCAUGCUCAUCUCGCUGUGUGUACUGCCGCUCUGUUUUCAGCGCUUCAGAGAAUGGGCGGGGCCGAUGCAGAGAUGCCCCGGACCCGGCCCUGCACUGCCUGCGCCAGUGGACCUGUGUGUGGUGCGCAGAGAGUCUGCUCUACCAUUGUAUGUCGGACUCUGAGGGAGAGUUCUGGGAGCCUUGUUCAUGUGAUGACUCGAUGGGGGGCCACCCGCACCCCCUCUGCUGUGCCCGCUGGUUGGCCCUCUUGGCCCUGUCACUCUUCGUGCCCUGCAUGUGCUGCUACCUGCCUUUGCGCGCCUGCCUGCGAUGUGGGGAGAGGUGUGGCUGCUGUGGGGGAAAGCACAAGGCAGUCCGAUGAGGCCGGGAUUUUGGGAGGGAGGGGUUUCCUGGACCAAGGGGGUUUGGGUAGAGAGGAGAGAGCACCUGUUGGAGAGUGGGCGGUUGGCCCUAAGUAGGAACAGUGCUCUCAGUAGACCCAGACCUCUGGCCCGCCAAAGCCCCACAGCCUCCCGCUGUAUUUGGCUCUUUCUCUUUUCAACCUGGGGCCUUCCUCACUGGUCCAUGCCUGCUGUAGGUGCAUUGCACUCAGACCAGGCUGUGUGGGAGUCAUAGUGGAUUUACUGAGGGACGGCUGAUCUAGAAUGAGCCGUCAGUGACUUUAUCACAGGAAGAAGGUGGCAGAGGCAACAGUGAAGUGUACACUGUUUCAAAUGUCCUUUUUUUGUUUUUGGUUUUUUUUAGAAAGAAAAAAACAAAAAAACAAAAGAUGUUUAUAUAUAUGAUUGUUAUAAUUUUAAUUGGUAUAUUUUAUUAAAUGUAAA